AUGACCGAAAAGCUAGAAAAGCCGACACCAAAACCGCAUUCCAGCUUCACCGUUUCAUCGGGAUGCCUCUGCUACGGACACCUGCACAACAUGUGCCAUGGCCUGACCCUGCCCCCGCAGCCGUUCCCCAAUGCUGUAGAAUGGAACAUGGAUGGCACCGUCCAGUCGCAAAUAGUGCACUAUAAUAUUACCGCCUUGAACGGGACCUGGCAUGCCUACGAGCUUGUAGACUCGCGGUCAGGGGAGCGUACAGCCUGGCUCGUGUGCCACGACAGUGUCAGCCCCGAGACGGAAGUCGACAAGAUAUUGCGGGUGUCAGGCUCACCUUAUGAAUUCGAUAGCGGGAGCCAGUGGCAUAGCGACGAGACUGUGGAAGAGGGCGUGCUCCCCAUCAAUCGCUACGACUGGGGUUACUAUGACGAGCGGUGCAAGGACGAAGCAUCAGACGACUCGGACGGGUCUGAUCAUCUUUUUUCUGGGGAAGAGGAGGGGGAGAGUCUCGGGCUCGUCGAUUAUGCUCAUGCCAGGGACUACAUUGGCUUGUGGAAGGAUGUGCCCCCAUCGCAGCGAGAGUCUCAAGCCCACGGCCUCUGGAUGAAGGUCACGGGAGAGUACAUGUUUGGCCGGUUCGGAUUUACCGACGACCACCAAGCCGCACGGUCCUUUUUCUGGUUCACUACAUGCACAGAGUUUGCUUUUACAACGUUUGCUGGCCUAGAGACUACGCUGCGGGUGUUUGAGAGCGACCAGGAUCGAAUGAGUCGAUUGCUGCGAGAGGGCUUCAACAUGGAUGGGCUGGAACUGGUCCAGAGCGAGCUCCAAGAGCAUCAACAGUCUGGCACGGUCCCUCCAGAUGAUGGGUUGCGUGGGCCGUACGAGGCCGCAGACUAUAUUCUCGAUGCGCAGGAUGCAGACCUCAUAGCUUCUAGAGCCCAUGCUCCUCCACUGAAUCCUGCUGACGAGCCCAUGCCGCAUCUUUCUGCCUACUGGAGAAGCGCCUGCCUAGAAGUAAUCAACGAGGCCCUGCUGAGCUACCUCGAUUCACUAGUCACCUUGGCGAGCCACAGCAGCAGCGCCGAUGAUGACACCGUCAGCAAAGAGUCCAUCGCAGCCUCACUAUUUCCCAAGCAUCACGACGAAGAAAACACGGUCGACAAAUGGAUGUAUACGGCCAUUAUGGAUCCUCGAUCCAGUCCGUCCGUCAUUACCAGUAGAGAGGCCUUUGCGGACAAGAUUUCGGCUUUUCUCCACUCCAGAAGCGACGGUCGUGACCUCGGCAUGUUGAGGGUCGAGGGGUUUAUCCAAGGGCUGGCGGCGGCCGUGGAGUUUCUAUGUGGCGAGAUGCUAGAAUUGGCUGGCAACAGCGCCAUGGAUCAUUGUCGUAAUGGCGCCAUCGUACCGCUCGACAUUCGACUAAGCAUUCGCAACGACGAAGAACUGAUGGCAAUGGUCGGAUGCUCGAGAGUGUACUGGAUGGGCGGUACGCGGGGGUGGGUUGAUGCCGCCUCAGAGGUUUAA